GCAAAGAAACGGAUCGUGUGACGUCAAAGAUAUAAAUAAACAACACGACAAAUAAACAUUACACAUGCUUUCCAAACUUUUUCAACGUUUACUUCGUGUUUUAUGUAUUUAGGACACUGUAACCACACACACUAGACACAGUGAGGAAGUGUGUGAGUGUUGAACUGGAGACUGAACUGCGAUACCGCGCGGCGUUGUGGGCAGUACGCAUGCGCAGCACAGUCUGAGUCUUUUCUGCGGAUUAAGACAUUAAUAAUGACGUGAUGUCCUCUGUGUGCAGGACAUGAGCUGCUGAUGGAGUCCGAGGAGGAAGAGCAGACUGAGUGGAGCUCUCUGUACACAGGAUUCAAAGCCGGAUGUGUGGAGGACAACCAAAGGGUCAUCCUGCACUUGGACAUGGACUGUUUCUACGCCCAGGUGGAAAUGAUGCGUAACCCGGCCCUGCGCUCCAGACCUCUGGGAGUGCAUCAGAAGCACCUGCUCGUCACCUGUAACUACAUGGCGAGGGCGCAGGGCGUGGGCAAGAUAAUGUCUGUGAGGGAGGCACUGGAGAAGUGUCCUGAUCUGGUGCUGGUCAGCGGAGAAGAUCUCUCCUUCUACAGAGAGAUUUCCUACAAGGUCACAGAGCUGCUGAUGUCAUACUAUCCCCUGGUGGAGAGGCUGGGCUUGGAUGAGAACUUUGUGGACGUGACAGAAAUAGUGGAGAGCAGGAGGAGGAACAUGGAUGUCUCUAAACUCUCCUUUGUGGGUCACGUCUAUGGACAUGACAUAUCCAGCGUGCCUGUACAGGAGCAUGUGAGCCUGGCUCUGGGCUCAGUGGUGGCGUGUGAGCUGCGGGAGGCGCUGUUCUCCAGACUGGGCCUGAGCUCGUGCGCGGGCGUGGCCAGCAGUAAACUCCUGGCUAAACUGGUGUCAGGGUCGUUUAAACCCAACCAGCAGACCACACUGCUGCCCCAGAGCGUCCCGCAGCUGAUGAUCGGCCUGGGCGUGGCCAGCAGAGUGCCGGGAAUCGGGCACAAGACAGCUGACAGACUGAAGAUUCUGGGUGUGGUGAGUGUGAGCGAUCUGCAGCUGGUCCCACUCAGGAACUUGGUGCGUGAGUUUGGAGAAGUGAACGCUAAACGCAUGCAGAGCCUCGCCCGCGGCGUCGACCUUUCACCUGUCACCCCUGCCGGCCCCCCACAGUCUCUGAGUGAUGAGGACUCGUUUAAGAAAAUCUCCACGCUGAGUGAAGCGGAGUGUAAAAUCACAGAGCUGCUGCUCAGCCUGAGUGAGAGGAUGCGUAAGGACGGCAGGCUGCCUCAGACACUGAGACUGACGCUCAGACGUGGCAGCGCAGAGAACCGCUGGUUCAGCCGCGAGAGCAGACAGGGUCCUGUUCCCACACACACCGCGCACAGGAUCAUCAACGGCUGUCCGGAGGCGGUGCCUCAACUGGUUUCCAUAGCGAUGAAGCUCUUGCAAAAACUGGUGGACAUUAGAGAACCGUUUCACCUGACGGUGCUUAGCGUGUGUUUUACCAACCUGCAGGUCAAAAUGUCCAGCUGGAACACCAUCAGCUCCUUCUUCACAUCCAAACACACCGCCACGCCCACACACGCUGCCACGCCCACACACGCCACCUCUCCCACACACACGUCCAUACCCACAAACACCAUCAGCUCCUUCUUCACAUCCAAACACGCCGCCACGCCCACACACGCCGCCACGCCCACACACGCCACCCCACCCACACACACGUCCAUACCCACAAACACCAUCAGCUCCUUCUUUACAUCCAAACACAGCGCCACGCCCACACACGCCGCCACGCCCACACACGCCACCCCACCCACACACACGUCCAUACCCACAAACACCAUCAGCUCCUUCUUUACAUCCAAACACAGCGCCACGCCCACACACACCGCCACGCCCACACACGCCACCCCUCCCAGACACACUGCCACGCCCACACAUGCCACCACGCCCACAAACACCACCAAGCUCACACACACGUCCAUACCCACAAACACCAUCAGCUCCUUCUUCACAUCCAAACACAGCGCCACGCCCACACAUGCCACCCCUCCCAGACACACUGCCACGCCCACACACGCCACCAUGCCCACACAUGCCACCACGCCCACAAACACCACCAAGCCCACACACACGUCCAUACCCACAAACACCAUCAGCUCCUUCUUCACAUCCAAACACCCCACCACGCCCACACACCCCACCACGCCCACACACCCCACCACGCCCACACACCCCGCCACGCCCACACACCCCGCCACGCCCACACACACUGCCACGCCCACACACGCCACUACGCCCAGACACACCACCACGCCCAGACACACGUCCAUACCCACAAACACCAUCAGCUCCUUCUUCACAUCCACACACACUGCCACACCCACAAACACCACCAAGCCCACACACACGUCCAUACCCACAAACAUCAUCAGCUCCUUCUUCACAUCCAAACACACCGUCACACCCACACAUGCCGCCACGCCCAGCCACACCGUCUCGCCCAUACACACGUCUAUACCCACAAACACCAUCAGCUCCUACUUCGCAUCUACACACACUGUCACACCCACAAACACCACCACGCCCACAUACACAACCAUACCCACAAACGCCGUCAGCUCCUUCUUUAGAUCCACACACACCUCAAGGCUCACACGCGCUGCCACGCCCACACACACCAUCAUGCCCACAAACACCACCAGCUCCUUCUUCACCUCCACACACUCCCCCACACCCUCAUACACCUCCAUGCCUACCCACACUGCCACGCCCACACAAACCUCCAUGCCCACAAACACCAUCAGCUCCUUCUUCACCUCCAAACACACUGCCACACCCACAAACACCUCCACACGGAGUGUGUGUGCUGCUCCCAUGUGUGGAAUAAUGGAUUCACAGAACAACAAAAAAACAUCAUCAUCAUCAUCAUCGUGUCUAUUUUUCCAGGAGCCAAUCAAAUCCAGCUACUUUCCACUUCCUGUUUCAGAGCGUGUUCCCUCACCACAUUCCGUAACGCAUGAUAAAACCCCAGACCUCCCUCCUGGUGUAGACCCAGAGGUGUUCCGAGCUCUCCCGCGUCACAUCCAGACUGAACUUAUGUCCAGCUUCCAGGAACGUUCAGAGAGAGCAGAGAGACAGGAAGGUCACGUCGGGUCAGCUUCUCCAACGGCGCACACUGAUGACCUCAUCACGCAGCGCAGCAAUGAGGUCAGCGCUGACGUUCCUCCUGAUGUAGACCCGUAUGUGUUCUCCCAGCUUCCCCCAGACAUGCAGAGAGAACUGCGCUCGGAGUGGGGGCAGGGCAAACUCACGCUAAAAAUGUCACCCAAACAUAUGGGCAAGCGCGCCGCUGCCACCACCACCACCAGCACGACUCGAGACAAGGCAAAGCGCUCUCACAGUGGCAGCCUGCUCAAGUAAUUCAAACCAUCCUCAGACAAACGCUCCUGAUGUGGACGCCCGUGAUCAGGGUGUAAAUCUCUGUAUGAGGGCGGGGCUUAUUCUACAACAUCAGUCCUCUGUUUUAAAGAGUACUGUGUGUGGUGUGAGACUCGGAUGCUCUGAAAGACAGGGAAAUAUUUCAGUAAGUUGUAUGAUUAUGAACACUUUAUAUUGAGAACAGUUUAUAAAAACUGAUUUGUUAAUAAAAAAAUGAGUGAUUCAU